AUGCGGCGGACUGACCCAAAGGCCGAGAUGAAAAGCAACCCCACAGAUUUGUACAAAAUCAAAAGCCCGGAAGAUUCCAGGCGUAAGACUCUGGCGCCGCAUGCAAACAGAUCUGUGCGGACACAUGUAGAGCAGCCGGAGCGGACAGGAGCAAAGCGCUUAGCCGAGCGAAAACGCCACAUCACAGCUCCAGGGAAGAGCCGGGCCAGGUUGAUCCAGGGGCCAAUCAAUAGCAGCAGGCAGGAGGGCGACCUCUGGGCCCCCCUCGCGUCUUCUCUGGCCUCUCCAGAAAUCAAUGCAGCGGCCAAUAACUCAGGAUGCCGUGUGGAUUAG